UCAUUCUCGAUACCAUGGCAGUUGUAUCGCUUCGUUGUCGUGUGCGACGUUUGGUUGGGAAGACGUGUGCUCCGAAAGCUGGACCCCAAGAGCAGUGAUGUUUAGCCGCUUAUAGCAAGAGUGUGCAGGGUAUCUCAAAUCGUGCGAUGCCAGCCUAGCCUAUGCCUAUAUUAUCUAUACAGUAUAGACAUUUAAUGUAAUUUUGAAAAUGGAAGGUGAUAAUGGAAUUACAGAUGAUGAGCGUAAGAUUGUACAGGAAUUUAGUUACCUGCUCGAAAAAUCAAAACAACUUUUCAAUGGAUUAAGGGACCUACCACAAUAUGGCCACAAACAAUGGCAGUCAUAUUUUGGAAGAACAUUCGAUGUGUAUACCAAGUUAUGGAAGUUUCAACAGCAGCACAGGAUGAUACUUGACACCCACUAUGGAUUAAAGCGAUGGCAAAUUGGAGAAGUGGCAUCCAAGAUUGGCCAACUUUACUACCAUUAUUACUUGAGAACUAGCGAAACAAGCUACUUAAUGGAGUCAUUCUCAUUUUACUCAGCCAUCCGUGCCCGUGCUUAUUACUCAAAGGUUAAUAAGGAAAAAGGACCAGAGCUGAUGGUGAAGAAGCUGCGUUAUUAUGCUAGACUAAUUGUUGUUUGCUUGCUACUGAGGAAGAUGGACCUCAUCAGAGAGCUUAUCAAAGAAUUAUCCCGGCAUAUUGAUGAGUAUGUGACUUUGUUCGAUACAUCUGACAAGAUGGAAUGGUCAUUAGUGCUUGGAGAGAUCAAUGCUUUUAUUGAAGCAGAUGCUCAAGUAACUGUUGUUGAUAAAGACGCAAAGCAACUUACACUCUCUCAUCGUCUUAGCAAGGACAUGCUGCCUCCACUAGAGAAAGGUUGUCCUGUGUAUAUCACACUGCAGGAGGCAUUGAUUAUAGGCAACUCUCAAGAACAGGUUAAAUUCAGUGAGUUGACCCUUGAUAUGUAUAGAAUGUUGCAAACUAUUGAGAGGGAACCAGAUCCAGAAAACAGCCAAUCAGAUCACAUCAUUCCAGAAUCACAGGAUAAUCUUCAGAAAGUGUCAAAAAAGGAAAACCCACAUAAGUACCUACUGUAUAAACCAACAUUUGGUCAGUUCUACACGUUCAUGGGUACAGCUUUCAAGGAGCUUCCACCAAAUGCAGCCUUAUUGCUGUACAUGUCGGCUGAUGGUUCUAACGGUUGCGAAAAACCACAAGAUUAUGGUGCUUAUGAUUAUGGUGGCAUUGCUACAAACAACCGCAAAGAAGGCUCCGAACAAAGAUCGAACAAACCAAGUGGCAAUCUUAAAGAAAUGCAUUGUGUGCAUCCAGGGGACAUUUAUCCAUUUACCAGGAAGCCUCUCUUUCUAAUUGUUGACAGUCCUAAUAGUCACGUCUUUAAGGGUAUUCCAAACUUGUUCGGUCAACCAGUUAUCAUCCUCAUGUCGCCAGUUGCGUUACCUCUGACCCUUCAGGAACGGUGUCCAAUGAAGGGAAACCUUUUUACCUUGUUCCUCAGUGAUCCUUUGAUGGCCUUUUGUUCCAUCUGUGACAUUACAGAUGUUCCUGCGGACUUGUGGGCUAAGUGCAAGAAGGUCAUGGUAAAGGUUGUCAAUGAUUCUGCGAAUUUGCUUUGCAAAUCUAGGGGUAUUGAUCAUGUCUAUAUGCAAUUUUAUGGUGAUGAAUUUUUGAGGCUAUUUAUCCUUCGUUAUGUCUUCUGCUACGCAACACUAAGAUACCACCGUGGUUUCAAAGAUGAAAGUUUUUACCCACAAUCCCAUCCUGACCUCCGUGGCAAUGACAUAAUGGAGAAUGCUCUGUUGCAUAAGCACGUCCUAGAGUUAGCAUCCAUCUUGGAUGUCAGAUCAAUCUUUCUGGAGGUUGGCGAAACAGAUUAGAAUCGAUCCAGAAUACUUCAAGAUGGAUUAUGAUACUAGACGUUGGUGAAGCAAAUUAGAGGAAUUAAAGUUACCAUUGCAAAUGGUUGAUGACUGGCAUUAAAAGAUGGCCUUUCAUCGAUGGUAUUGUGACAGUGCUCGUUUCCACUUAUUGAUGAGAUUGGUGUGUAACCAGGAGAAAGUUGUUUUAAAACAAAUAUAUCCACUCCAUGUGUUGCAGAAGAUAAACACAUCACAAUGAUUAGGGUGUUGCCACUGUUUUGAGUGCUGUACUCAGUAAACUUGAAUGAUAUUUGAUCAGAGUCUGUAAACUCUGAUGGUAUUUAUAGAUAUAGCAGUCAUGUGACUAUGUGCCUGACCUUUGUACUGCUGUGUACCCUUUGACCUUGGUGCUGAUUGUACCCCUUGACCUCUGUGCUAAUUGUGAUUUUAAAUUUUUAAAUCCAUAAAAUAAACUGUCUAUAUCUGAUAUGUUUUCAAAAGUGUAGGAUCACAUUGUUAUAUUUAAUGUACAAUACUUAAUUCUAGCAGUGGACCCAUGCAUAUACUGUCAUAUAUUAUAUACAUAGAUAUUAAUAUGAUAUUCUGUAUUUGAUACUAACAAGCAGGUCACGCAUAUGAGGCUUACCAUCCCAAAACUAGUGUACUGUUGCUAAAUGUUCAACUGAGUAAUUAGCAUAAGAAUGUGGUAGUAUUGUAUACUUUAGUACAGAGAAGCUGUAAUACUUUUACUCAUAACUUUGGCAAUGGUAAGUUGAUUCUAGUAAAUGACCCAUUAUUUUAAAGCUUGUAAUGUGGAGAAUAAGGAUAUAUUAAAAAAUUCAAUUUUGAUGCUGGUUUUGGGAUGGCAAGCCCAGGCCUGGAAAAAAAAAAAAAUUUGUGCCUCCGACCAUGAAGAUAGUCUCAAUGAAAUGCCUCCAUCAUCAAAUGUUAUCCAUACACUAUAUAGCCCAACUAUUUCCCCAAAAAUGCCUCCAGAAUAAAUCAUAUGCCUCCGACCAGUGGCGUAACGCCUAUCCGCAGGGCCCCCAAAUUCUAUAGGGGCCCCGAAGGGGCCCUACUCAUAGGUUCGUCGAUCUAGCACCCUGACCAAAAAGGACUUUGUUGAUAAAUAACACCAUAAUGUGUCUCUGAAAUCGACUGUAGGGCAUAUAUCAUAUUAUAACGAUGAAAGAAAGGGGGCCCCGUGUGUGGGGGGUGGGAGCUGCUGGCCCGGGGCGCCGCUAAAUUUGUCAAAAUAUUUUUUAACUGGAGAUAAAAAAUAUAUUUACAAUUUUAUGUCUGUGAAGUGCCAUUUUCUGGAUCCAUAUUAUAUCAUUUAUUCGUCAUUAAAAACAUUUAGAAUAACAGUGCACAUCUAAAAUCACACGAUGGAAUUGGUGACUGGGACCCAAAAAGGGCCCCCAGUUUCAGAAAUACACAGGGCCCCGACCACAUCGUUACGCCACUGCCUCCGACCACCAGUCGCAUGGUCUUGCACUUUUUCCAGCCCUGGGCAAGCCCUUGUAUGACGAUUGCUGCCAAUAUCUGCAGAAUGUGUUUUUUGUAAAUUUAUAAAAUUGCAUUUAAAAAAUUGUUAAACCAGCAUGUGCCAUUGUCAUGUGCUAGCAUAUCCCACCUCAGGCAAAUUAUAGAAUAUUGAAAAUGAAUAAUUAGUUUUAAUGAUUUAUUUGCAGAGAGUCUAUAAGCGUGGUAAUUUAAUUGUGAACAUUCAAUAAUUAGAUGUUAAGUACUUGGGUAUUUAAGAGAAUUCAUGCUCAGAAUAUUAAAUGAUCACGUUGCCUUUAAUUGCAACUCAUCUGAAUUCUUUCUACUAGACCGGCUAGAAAUUAUCAAGCCUCUCAAUAGAAAAAAGCUCAAUUUAAAAUGUCAGUGUAAUAAUGCUAAUGGGUUAUAUUGUCCCAUGUGGUCAGUGUUUAGUGAAUUCUGCAGCAUGUCAAAAUAUUGUCUUGAAUUAUGCGAGUGGGUGUUUACCACAAUUUUAUUCAGAAUAUGUUAACAGUACAGUAUUUUUAAAGAUGAUGCAGCUUUCCAUUUCACAAAGACUGUAAAUUUACCUUUUCAUUGUGAGUGAAUAUUGAAUACAGAUAAAUACAAUACAAAAUAAAAUACUGUAUUCACAAUACAAUUAUUUUACAUACAUUUUACAAUUAAUUUUAAAAUGUUUUUUUCAAAAUAUUUUUUGUGGUUCUUAUUGCUUUUAAAAUAUAAAAAUAUUUGAGAAAAGGUCAAUUAUUAAAACAAUGAUGUGUUAGAAUAUAAGAGCAAUUUUAUUGAGCUAGAAUGCUUUGAAGUCAUAAGUCUGAGUGGUUAAUAAUAGUAUUAGUGUAAUACGGACACUCAAGAUGAGUGCUGAGAAAACUUAUUUUUAUUCCUCUUCAAAUCCUCCUAUACUGUCCAAAAAAUUAUAAAUUGAAUGCUUACCAGAUGUUUUUAUAGCAUAUAAUGUUAAUGUUCUUAAUUGAUUUAGAUAUUUCAGGAAAAAAAAGCCAUUCCUAUUCAGUCAUACAGGGUACUAUAGGAGACAAAGCAGCCAGCCUGUGCCUAGACCUGGUCUACAGAAACAGGGAGAGUUCACUCCUCCUUUCCCCACCCCCCACAUAUAGUUAAACUGUGUUAAUUUACUUUCGUGCAAUAUUGGUUUUUGUUUCUACGACUGUAUUUGCCCCUUUUUGAUUCUUUGUUUCUACUUAAGGUUGCCUUCAUACAUCUGAGCCUUGCUUCCAAUGAUAAUAAUUUCAGCCAGUUUGGAUAAUUCUGAAAUAAUUAAUUUAUAUUUGAACUCUUUAAACAUUUGUGUUUCAUUCUCUUUAAAUUAUUAUUUAUAUUUCUGGUUUACGCAAUAUUUCAGUACUGUAUAAAUUAUUUGUAUGAUUAAAUUCUUUCAUUGUUAUAUCAACAGUGAUUGUUAGUUAUUGUAUGCAUGUGAAUGCUGUAGAAAGUUAUGAACAAAAUAAAAAUUUGACCUCGAAAUGUCUUCAAUCUAAACAAAUUUAAAGAUAUAUUGUCCCCAUGUGAAAUUCCCAAAAAAAUCAAAAAUAAUUUUUGAAAUUUACUUGCCCAUUUUGAAGUAAUGUAAAAAUUAUUUACUUCAUUUUAAAAUAUAUCUGUGCCAAUUAAAAGAGUAUAGUUCUUAAUAGGUCCAUGGUUGUACAAGAAAUACAUUUCUAAUUCUUUCACAUUUGCCAUAAAAUUGACUGGCAGAUAAUUUAAACAUUAUCAGUCUGCAAUUCUUGCAAAAAUUGAUUUUUUUUUUUAAAUCUUUAAUAACUUGAGCAAUUUAAUGUUUUUAAAUUGUAAACUGCAUAAUCUCAUGCUAAAGGGGUUUGUUUUUUAUUGUAUUGUAUACAAUACAUCUUCAGUUAAUAUAGUUCAUUAAAAAAAUUUCUAAAGUUUUCAAUGCACUGUGUUCUUGAUGUACAGUAUAAUAUGAAUUCAGGUGAUGAUUUAGAAUACUGUGUUUGAGUAUAAAAUUUACAUUUAAGACCAAACUAUUGUGUUGAUCAUGAUAUAGAUAUGUUGUUGACAUUAAAAGCAUUUAGCUUGAAGUUCUAUAUAUGUAGGCCUAAUGAUGCAGAGCAUUUCUGUUGAGUAUGUCAUCAAUAAAAAAAUGACCCUAUGCCUUUCAAUUCUAAUAUUCUAAGAAAUUAUUACUUGUUAGUUCAAUUUAAAAAGAUAAUAAAGAAAUUUUUUUAUAUAAA